AUGUUAAGGCUAACAUCGCUUAGGUCGUAUUCGGCGCUUUCAAAGCGUACCAAUAAGGUGAAAGUCCAACUACUCAAAGAUUUUCCGCAAUUCCAACUGUAUAAGGGCCAAGUCGCCUCGGUUAGUCCAUCUUUGAUGAGAAAUUACCUGCACUGGGGAAACGGGGCCCGUUACAUUAAGGAAGAAACCGAUAUAGAUGCGCUGCUACAAGCAAAAUCGGUUGAGGCAGCUACGCUGAGAACGAAAAUUGCUGUCAAGUCAGUGAAGAAAGAUGAUGUUGCGAAAGAGAAGCCGCUCAGAGAACAAAGCAUUCAAGAUGAUGCAAAGGAGGUCGAGGAAAAAAUAUUCAGCAGCGGAGUCACGCUAAAGGAUGUUAAAAUACCAGGACUAGAAAUUUAG